GAGUAUCGUGCCGUGCCGCUACUGCAGCAUCCGCAAAUCACGAUUGAAAGGCAAAGGAUUCGAAUGAAAUAAACGGAAGUAGGUUUUAGUGAAUGCAACACGAUUUACUCUGCCCUUUCUAUCACCUUUCAAUCGUGAUACAGGUUCAGAGUGGGAACGAAAUUAUGUAGUGUUCGAAUUCCAGUGGAAACGGUAUCGUAACGUGGACGUGAACAUGACCGAUCUCAAAUGGGAGAGAGAAGGAAGGACGCGGGAGGAGCGUAUUUUACAAUUAAUUCCGACAGCAGUAACGAUGUCGGACAAUGUUCGCGUAACUGGGACAAAUAUUUGAGAGGUAGAAGUAAAUAAUAAUCGAUAAGAGAAACAUGUUUUUGGUGGGCUUGACAGGCGGCAUAGCUACUGGGAAAAGUACCGUCGCCGCUAUCUUCCGUGAAUACGGAAUUCCCGUCAUCGACGCCGAUAAAAUUGCACGAAAAGUCGUGGAGCCGGGGAAACCAGCCUGGCGUAAGAUACGAAGCGAGUUCGGCACGGAUAUAUUUUUGGACACGAACGAGAUAGACAGAACCAAGCUCGGCGAUUUAAUUUUCAACGAUGUGGAAAAAAGAAAAAAACUGAACGCUAUAACGCACCCGGACAUUUACAAAGAGAUAUACUGGCAAACGUUUAAGUAUCUGUUGCAAGGUCAUCAAUUCAUAGUCAUGGACUUGCCGUUGCUCUUCGAGACGGGACACAUGUUGAAUUACUUGCAUAAAAUAAUCGUCGUUACUUGCGAAGAAGAUUUACAACUUCAGCGGCUCAUAGAAAGGACAGGCUUCACGGAGACUAAAGCACAGCUGAGAAUCGCGGCGCAAAUGUCGUUAGACAAGAAAGCUGAGUUGGCUAAUUUCGUUAUUGAAAAUUCUGGUAGCGAAUGCGAUACCAGGGAACAGACUAUCAAAGUGAUUAACGUCUUAAAGGCUUCCAGGCAUCAUUGGAAGUUACGAUUCUUCGUCGGAUUCUGUUGUACCGUUCUAUUCGCCGGCGUGUACUGGUUGAAAAAUAGAAGCCCACGAUCGUUGCCAUCGACGGCAUAACAGAGCUCCGAUGUCAAAAACUACCUUUAAACGCAAAUAACAUACUGUGUUGGCAUUUAAAUCUUACUCUGCAUUUAUCAGAUCUACGAAUCGGUCGAAUCCGGUGUGGAACCAUUGCCUAUUUUAUAUACAUACGUUUUAAAAACUAUAAAAUCUAAUGGUAUCACUUCCUGUUUAUAUUUCUAUCGCAACCGAUCGAUACACACCCUUCUGUGAUAAAACACGCGUUCCGUUUUCCAGUUCUCUUUCCUAGAAUGCAUGUGUAUGUAAAUGCAUAUUAUCGCGAGAUAUAGUCGUUCGAUCGAUACUAUUAACGAACCGAGCGUCGAUUUUAAUCUGCUCGAUACUGUACAGAAACACAUUUUACAUCUGGUCACGAACUAUUAAACGAUUAAUUCCA